CUAAUUAAACAUUCGUUUGAAGUUGAAGAAAUAGUUACUAAUUAUAAAUUAAGCGUAAUUUUACCAAUUGAGUAAAUUCAACGUAUUAAACUUGUUAAAAAGUACAAAUAGAUAAGUUUCCCUAGAAGGUUAUGCAAUAUGUCGUCAAGAAUCAGGUUUCUGUUUACACGACUUCAUCGAAUAAAAAUUACUGAAAGAAUUUUAAGUACUAGAGUAAGAUUCGUUCCACACUUUCCACAUUACAAUGUGAAGGUGCCAGCAGCUUUGGGCUUUUCUUUGUUUACUUGGUUGGGUUUCCAAACAAAACUUAGCGCAGAAGACGAGCUUAUUAUGACAAUAAAACAUUGUAUACUAUUCAUUCAAAGGACUGAAUAUGAUAAAGCAGAGCAGCUUCUACAUGUUGCUUUGAAUCAAGCUCAGCGGAUUCACCAUCAAUUGGGUAUUACGUACAUUUACGAUGUCAUGGCAAACCUUGCUCUAGAGAGAGAACAACUUGACAAAGCAAAAAAUCUUUUCAUCGCAGUUACACAGAGAAUAAUGGCAGAUGGGGCUACUGAAGAUGAUUCACGUGUAGUCCACCUCAGUCUUAAGCUGGCAAGAGUGAGUCAUUUGAAGAAAGAUUAUAGUACAGCUCAACUGGGAUAUGAAUGGUGUCUUGAAAAACUAAGAAAAGCCACUAAAACUGAUGAAGACCCAGGCCUCCUGAAACUUUUGGCAUUGGCAGAAGACUGGUAUGGUCGUCUAUUCCUAGAUUGUAACAAAAUUGAACAAGGUUUAGAAUUGUUGAUAAGUGCAUUGAAUAAAAUGAAAGGAAUGGAUGAUAUAGAAAAAGAACAUUUUGUAGUGCAGCUCAAUGAUAUUGGUACAGUGUGUGAUCGUUUAGGGAAAACUGAUGAAAGCAUAACUUAUUUUGAUGAGGCAAUAAAAUUAGGUAAACAAAUAGAAAAUAUGGAAGAUCUAGGUAUAAUGUAUGUAAACUUAGGACGUGCAUACAUUAAAAAGAACAUGAUAGCUGAAGCUAGAAAGAACUGUGGUUUUGGCUGGAGACUUGGAGUAAUGAAUAAAAAUGAGGAAAUCAAGAAUGAAGCAGAGUUGUGUAUAAAUGAAAUAAAGAGCAUAUCUUAGUAAAA